AGUUUCUUUUCUUUUUUUCUUUCCUCUUUCUUUUUUCUCGUUUUUUUUUUACCCUUAUGUCAAAUCAGAGAAUGUGCGUUUUCCUUGUGUUGACCUAACCCCACCCAAAACAACUUUCACCUUCCAAAACUGACAUGACUGCAGAGAAACAGCAACAUAUAUACAAGACCCACAGCAUCCUAUACAUCGCCUCCCUUCUUACCAGUCGAUUCCUGGCUACCAAUCUAUCCCGGGUACCAGCCAACGAUAACAGGGACCGGAACCUGCACCCGACAGUGUCAGAAACCUCCUCAUGGAGCAGGUGAUGCAUGACGAGGGCGGCGAUGUCGGGGAUGGGUGGGGAUGCGUGGUGUACUCGUCGUUCCUCAUCCACGUCAUCGUUGGCAGCGUCAACUACUUUUUCCACACCUUCCUCGUCUUCUUUCUGGAGGACUUCCACGAUGGACCUAGUGAGACUGAGUUUAUUUGGGAACUGCAGCCGAACUUCGUCUACAUCAUCGGUGAGAUCUUGCUUUUGGUCUGACAGGCGCGAACGAACACACACACAUACACACUUAUCUCUCUCAUUCUUUAGCUCUCGUGCACACUUGUAACUAUCAGCUGAAGAUGUUUAGCAACAAUCUUAUGAUCUCAACCAAAUAUCUACAUGCCCGGAGUGUCCGCUUGAUGCUGUGCAGGUCCAGUGGCCGCAGCGCUGACCAACAAGUACGGGUGUCGGGUGGUGACCACCGCUGGCGCCCUCAUCAGUGGUUUCAGCUUCAUCUUCAGCUUCUUGUAUGCACACAGUCUCUACUUCAUGUACUUCGCCUUGUGUGUCAUGGCAGGGAUCGGGUUCGGGCUCAUCUACCUGCCAGCCAUCGUCAUCGUGGCUCAGUACUUCGAGAAGCGCCGAGCCUUCACCACGGGGCUCGCUGUAUGCGGGUCAGGGGUCGGCCCCUUUGUCCAAGCGCUGCUCACCGAACACCUGUUGAAGGUCUCCGCAAGGCGCAGCGCCAUACUCGUCAUGGGCGGCAUCUUCUGGUCGUCAUCGUCUGCGGGGUGUUGUUCAGUCCACCGGAAGUGCCUCGACGCCCAGUUGUGGCAGUUACAGGGGAGAACAUAGAAGGUGGAAGAAGACAUAGAGGAAGAGCGUUGCUCUCUUUGCUAAAGAACCAGGUCUUCCUCGUGUUCGCCAUCUCCAACUUCCUCAUCUUCAUUGACUUGACCAUGCUUUUCACACUUCCAUGGAACAAAGCCAUACAGACAGGUUCAGGAAUGUGGACUACCCCGCUUGUAUACGUCAUUUCCUGCGUGGUGUUCGGGUAUGUGUCCGACAAGCAGUGGGUGGACCGCCUGAUGCUGUAUAACACAGUGCUGAUCAUCUGCGGGGUGGCCACGGCCCUCAUCCCCCUCAUCGGCGGCAAACUUCUUGUGACCUUUCCCCUAGCUUGUGGAAUAUGCAUAGGUGCAUACGAGACACUUACCUCAGUCUUGUUGGUGGACUUGCUGGGCAUCGAACUGCUGCCCAGUUCUUUGGGAUUUCUGAUGCUCUUCCAGGGUGCUGCUCACGUUAUUGGACAACGUGUCUCUGAUUGGUUGCCCGUCUUGAAGGGGGUUUCGAGAUUUACUUCGUCAUCAAGUGCGCGACGAUCGCCAUCAGCGGCGCCAUGUUGUUUGUCCUGAGCUGCGAGCGAAGCACGCCCUCGGAGAGGAGGGUCCAUCAGAUCGAGAUGGGCAAGCUACAGAUCACCAUCUCCACCUCUGCUGCCAAAACCUACUCUUUACCUGAAGAGGAGGGAAUGCUCACCUCCGACCCUGCGCACCACAAGGCUGUAUAGCGUGACCUUUGAAGAGCAUAUCCCCGAGCCUGAGAAAGUCUCAAGUGUGUGUACAUUGCCUGUUGUUGCUUGCUGCUGCUGUACAUGAUGCCUUAAAACACCAAUGUCAUCAGAGAAUAUUAAAAUCUGAGCUUGUUGCACGCUUGGGGCAACUUUCAUGUCCAGCAAGUGAGCAUUGCAAACAACCUGUUGAAGUAAAUGGAAAAGUUUGACAAUUCUUUCGUCUUAUCAGCUUUACAGCUUGCUUCUGUUAUAAACAAACAAUAAAAAUAAUAAAGUUUUCUUAAAUGAUAUGUGUGUGUGUGAAGCAAUCAACAUAUUUCAUCUGGACAUUAACAGAACUGUUCACUGUUGUUCACUUGUUAAUAUAAAUUAAUUUGUGUUAUGCUGCAGAUGCAAAACAGUUGGUAAAUCAAUUGUCACAGGAAUUGUCCCUGUGUGAAACUCCACUGAUUUCAACUACUAGUCGUGUUUGUGGGUGGGCGUGUGUAUCAAACAAACAAAUAAAUCUAUGUAUCAUACAAACAUUGACACAGUCACUCUCUCUUUUACUCAUACAGUCAAGGAGGCAAACGGACAGAACAGACCUUUUACUUAUCUUCCGUCUUAGACAGUCUUUCUUUCUUGACUUUUAUGUGUAACGAUUAUUUCACCGGAAGAGGAAGUACUCUGAGGGUGUGUGAACACCUGUGUGUGUGUUUGUGUGUGUGUUUUAUAUGUUAUGCAUCAUGCAAACAGGUUAACAGUCAUUUCCUCGCUUACUCACUCGUAUAGUCAGACAAGCAAACGGAUAGACAGACAAGUAUUCUAAAUGUCCCCCUUCUUAGAAAAACUUCUUAAUUCUACCUCACAAAGGUAGUUUCGAAUGAAAGAAGUAAUCCAAGCCUUUGAUACUAAAAAAAGCAGAUAUCACUACGCUUACUUAUUUUCCACUUAUUCAUUCUUUCUGUCAAAAUCUUACUCUCCCAACGCCCUGGUGUCGCCCGAAGACCAUGUGGAGGGUCAGCGAAAGUACGAGUCUCUGAACGACAUGACCGGGAAGUUUUAAUUAUGAAACAUAAAAAAAGGAAACAUUUUCCCGAGGAACUGGCUGCGCAUGUGUUGCUUAGAAAAGAAAGAAAGA